CAAAGCCUUCUAAGUGAGAGUUUGGGGAAGCCAUUUUCCACGUUUGUCCCUGACCGUUGACCAUUUGUUUAGCCAAAAUGCGUGAAAUUCUUCACAUUCAAGGAGGGCAAUGUGGGAAUCAAAUUGGAUCAAAAUUCUGGGAAGUGGUGUGUGAUGAACAUGGGAUUGAUCCAACUGGGAGGUGCAAUGGAAGUUCUGUCCUUCAAUUGGACAGGGUAAAUGUGUAUUUCAAUGAAGCAAGUGGUGGGAGAUAUGUGCCAAGGGCUGUCCUCAUGGAUCUUGAACCUGGGACUAUGAACAGCAUAAGGACUGGUCCCUAUGGCCAAAUUUUUAGGCCUGAUAACUUUAUUUUUGGUCAGUCUGGUGCUGGAAACAAUUGGGCUAAGGGUCACUACACUGAGGGUGCUGAGCUUAUUGAUUCAGUCCUUGAUGUUGUCAGGAAGGAAGCCGAAAACUGUGAUUGCUUGCAAGGCUUUGAAGUAUGUCACUCUCUUGGAGGUGGAACUGGGUCCGGAAUGGGAACUCUGCUGAUUUCCAAGAUCAGGGAAGAGUAUCCAGAUAGAAUGAUGCUUACUUUCUCAGUCUUCCCUUCUCCAAAGGUAUCUGACACUGUUGUGGAGCCUUAUAAUGCCACACUUUCUGUUCAUCAGCUGGUGGAGAAUGCUGAUGAAUGCAUGGUCCUUGAUAAUGAGGCGCUCUAUGACAUCUGCUUCAGGACCCUUAAGCUUAGCACCCCAAGCUUUGGGGACCUGAAUCAUCUGAUUUCAGCAACAAUGAGUGGUGUGACCUGUUGCCUGAGGUUUCCUGGUCAGCUGAACUCGGACCUGAGAAAGUUAGCAGUGAAUUUGAUCCCAUUUCCGCGACUUCACUUCUUCAUGGUGGGAUUUGCACCUCUUACAUCAAGAGGAUCACAGCAAUAUCGUGCACUUACUGUCCCCGAGCUAACACAGCAGAUGUGGGAUGCCAAGAACAUGAUGUGUGCUGCUGAUCCGCGCCAUGGCCGGUACCUCACUGCCUCAGCAAUGUUUAGGGGCAAAAUGAGCACAAAAGAAGUUGAUGAGCAGCUGAUCAAUGUGCAGAACAAGAACUCGUCCUAUUUUGUUGAAUGGAUCCCAAACAAUGUAAAAUCUAGCGUUUGUGAUAUUCCACCUAAAGGCCUUACCAUGGCUUCCACAUUCAUUGGGAAUUCAACUUCAAUCCAGGAGAUGUUUAGGAGAGUGAGUGAGCAGUUCACUGCAAUGUUUAGGAGGAAGGCCUUUUUGCACUGGUACACUGGAGAGGGAAUGGAUGAGAUGGAAUUUACCGAAGCAGAGAGCAAUAUGAAUGAUCUUGUUGCUGAGUAUCAGCAGUACCAAGAUGCGACUGCUGACGAGGAUGCUGAGUACGAAGAUGAGGAGGAGGCGGGCGCCGAAAACUGAAGGAGUUAAGCAGCUUUUUUGUUGAUUGUUACUAGCUGCCAUAUUACAUCAGUAGAUUGAUGUUUCUAUGUACCAACUAAUGGCUGUAUCUUUUUCAUUUCUCGGUACCGUUACCUGGCUUUCUUUGCAUCCUCCUUAUUGGCAUUUCUAGUAGAAUCGCUGUAUUACUAGCUUUUAUGUCCUUGUUCACUUCUCUAGUCUUUCUUCUGUGUUAUGGUUAUGGAAGAUAGUUCACCAAUAUGUGAUGAGCAAAUCAUCAAUGUACUUCGGCUCAGAUUUCAGAACAAGAAGGUCAUCUUGCUACUUUUGCAUUUCAA